UUACUGUCAUUUCAGAGCAGAAAUUGACUGUAGGAACAUCUUUCAGGCAGGUCAGCUUGGUGUGGCAAUGUCGAGAGUAACCAAAGCAGCAGGUCUUCGUGUAAUAAACUACCACCCACGAUAUGUCUUUCCACCACCCCAAUCUGUAAAAGAUUUCAUGAAUGAGAUGUCUAAUCCCACUGCCCCAGACUUAAAAUGCUGCAUUUAUUACAGUACCCCAGAUAUUAUUCAGUCGAGGAUGGAGGUAGAAUCAGAAAAAUCCUUGACAGAUGAUGUCACUGUUCCAAAAAAUGUUGACAUAGAAGACAUUGAUAUUGAAAAUGAUGAAGAAGAAUUUGACAGUGAAUUUGAUAAUGUUAUACAGAAUAUAAUUCAUGAGGAAAAUGAAGCAUCAGAUUUCAAUAUUCCACAAGGAUUUGAUAUUGAAAGUGUCAUGCAAAACAUGACUUACAAAAAGGAAGUGACACAAACCCAUACUAUUAUAAAUGGAAUUAUCAGAGGUAUUGAUAAACCUAGGUUAACUAAGUUUGUGAAAAAAAUGUUUCUAAAAAUUGCUAGUUUUGUAACAAAAUUAACUGGGAACAAGACAGCGUCAUGUGGCAUUCCAGAAAAAAAUAUUGUAAGCUUUUAUCGGGAAGUGCAUGAGUACAGUACAGGGGGUGAUUAUAAUCUUAGUUGUUUAACAUUGUUUGAGAAUGAAGAAUUUUCAGAUAACCACAUGAUUGUGUGCUACAAUGUAUUAGAAGCAGUCAGGUUGUUUUUCCUGAAAGAGAAAGUUGAUUUACUGGAAAUAGGAAAGAGAAACAUUAUGAAAAGACAUAUAACUGAUGCUUCAAGGGCACGUGUGCGUUAUGUUGCAGGGUAUUGUCUGGCAUCUCUAAGGAAAAAAUAUACUCGUAUGCAAAAAAGUCAUUUGUGUGACAAAUCUAAGCAGGGCCAGGACAUUUAUAAUGAUGCAAAGUGGAUUGUUUUCAUUCUUAACCUUCUACAAGAACAUGAGUUCUAUUUAAAAGAACACACUGAAGAGCCUGAAUCAUUAAUCGAUGUUGAAAGAAGACAGUACACUUCAAGAGGUUUAACAAAUGUAAGUGACAGUCUUUUUAAAUUUUUUGUAAAACUUACUGAUGUCUGUUUAAACCUUUUAGUUCGUGAGAAUCUUAUGAAGUGUGGAAAGAACAUGUAUAAAAAGUGUUUUGAAAUUUUAAACUCUGACUCUUUAUUGUAUGAACAGUUUGCAAAUGUAAUUGCAACAAGUUAUUCAAAACAACCAAUGGAGGAGUUUGGUGAAAAUAUGCAGGUUAGCAUUACAGUUGAGAAAAUGGUCCUCAUUUCAUCUCUUGUGAACAAAAUCUUCAAUGAAUUUACAGAAAAAUACCUUAUGGUUCUUUUUGCACAAUUCAGAAAAGAUGUUAAAUCAGCUUUUAGAAUUGAGAAAACAAUGGCACAUAGAAAACAAAUAAAAGCUUCUAAAAGAACAAUUGAAUCUCAACAAAGUUCUCAGCAACAAAACUCAAAAAAAAAGUCAUUGGAAAAUGUAAAUUUGGAGCCUCAGCCAGGGUGUUCUACUCAAAAUCUACAGAUUGAGCCUCAACCAGGGACUUCAACUCAAGAUGAACUGCAGUUAGACACUGUUGAUGACUCAACUGAUUUAUGUCAAUUAUGUUUCACUGAUAAAAAUGAUGAAUGGAUCCUUUGUGAGUCAUGUAAUGGUUGGUAUCACAGAAAAUGUGCAGGGUUAAAAAACGCUAGACAGUGGAAAAAAUUCAGUAAAGAAGGAGUCAUAUGGUUGUGCAAAACAUGCCAGUAAAUGCUGUCAGUACUUGUACUGUACUCAAAAAGUCGUAAUAUAUAAGUCAUUUAAUGUGUGCAUUAUUAUUUACCAAUUUGAACUCAUUUCCUUGGUUUUCUACGCUUUAUCGUCAAGAAAAUUUAUAAGCAACUAUGUACUGUUUAAAAAUUCCGCCAAUAUGCACAUUGUUUACAUGUGGCAUUAACCCGGCUAAUGUACUUACCGCUUUAACUUAUACCGGGAACCAUAUCGCCUUGAGCGAGAACCAAUGAAAGGACUCGAUACACCGGCUGGUCACGUGACCGGGGUUUCCCAAGAUGUCUACGUCGAUGCAGAAUUCUGCUCUGAUUUGAAGAUUUCGUUCUAAACAGGCGAAUGUUGAGCGCUUCACGACUAUUUGCGCAGGUAGGUAAUAGAAACUAUGUUGAGUUAUUGUUUGCAUGCGUUUGUUUGUACCUCCCCCAUUUAAAAUUGAUAUUUUACCCGUAGAAAUUGGUGUUGCGACAUCUCGUACGACUAAGCAAUUUUGUGACUGAAGUGAACGGUUUUGAAAAAAUUUCUUAAAAUGGGCUAAGGGAAUCAGAAAAUAGUUAGUGUUUAUCAAUUGUGGAUUGAAUAAGCUAUGCAACGCAGUAUAGUUUUUG